AUGGCCCGCACCAAGCAAACCGCCCGCAAGUCCACUGGUGGCAAGGCCCCUCGCAAGCAGCUCGCUGCUAAGGCCGCCCGCAAGUCUGCCCCGGCCGCCGGUGGUGUUAAGAAGCCUCACCGUUACCGCCCCGGAACCGUCGCUCUCCGUGAGAUUCGUCGCUACCAGAAGUCGACUGAGCUCCUCAUCCGCAAGCUCCCCUUCCAGCGUCUCGUUCGUGAGAUCGCCCAGGACUUCAAGACCGACCUCCGCUUCCAGUCGUCGGCCGUCAUGGCUCUCCAGGAGGCUGCCGAGGCCUACCUCGUCUCGCUCUUCGAAGACACCAACCUUGCCGCUAUCCAUGCCAAGCGUGUUACCAUCCAGCCCAAGGACAUCCAGCUUGCCCGCCGUCUCCGUGGCGAGCGCCAGUAA